GGUGGACCACCCGGUCAGUGGGGAGGGCGACGGCGGGGGGAGCGGGGCCUGCGGCGGCGGCGGCGGCGGCGGCGGCGGCGGCGGCGGUGGACACGGGCCUGCGGGCUGCGUGCCCGACCCGGGAGCGCGGGGAGGGCGGCGGGCGCAAGUGGACGCGUUGCGGGCUCCUCGCCGCGCGGACCUGGGCAGCGCCCAGACAAGCGGCGAACGCCCGGGUGGCUGUGCGGGCGACUCGGCCGGGUGCGCGUCCCCGCAGCGGAAGAGUCGCCCGUGAGUUCGCUUCUGCCCGGCUUUCGCGCGCGGACUGGCUUGCUCUCGCGGCGCUGUCUGGAAGAUGGGCCCCGCGGGACGCCUGGUGACCAUCCGGAGGAGCGGGGCCGACGGCGCGCACUUCCCGCUGAGCCUGAGCUCCUGCCUGUUCGGGAGGGGCGUGGAGUGCGACAUCCGCAUCCAGCUGCCGGUGGUGUCCAGGCAGCACUGCAAGAUCGAAGUCGGCGAGCAGGCAGUGUUGUUUAACCUCAGUUCCGCGAACCCCACGCAGGUGAACGGAGCCGCCAUCGACGGGCCCGUGCGGCUGAAGCACGGCGACGUGAUCACCGUCAUCGACCGCUCUUUCAGGUACGAAGACGACCGUCACCAGAGUGGAAGCGCGUCGGCUGAGUUUCCAGGACAGGCCGCUCCGCGUCGGGUCUCCCGGUCUGGCUUCUCUCCGGACCCUGAUGGCGAAGCUGGAGGUCGCGGUGCUGCCGGCUCACAGCUCACGGAAGACGGCGCCUCGGGAGAGCCCUCGGCACGCACGGGGGUGGCCGGGGCGGCCCGCGCCGUCUCGCGCAGCUCCGGGGGCCCUGCUGCCAGAAGCACCCCCGAUGGGCGUCGCUCGGAACCCCUCAGGGACAACCGCAGACACGCAGCGGGUCCCCCGGCUGGGGGCCUUGGCGAGGGGGCCCGCGGGACCUUAGUGAGCAGGAACGGAGGAGCCGAGGCUCUGCCCUCGCCGUGGGGUCUUGAGAAGGGUGGAGAGAAAGAGUCUCCCUUUAGGAAGCUUUAUGAGUCUAUGAAGGAAAAGUUAGACGUGAAAUCAGAAAAAGAGAAUGUUCUACAGAGUCAUAGGAAAUCAGGGUCCCGGGGUCACUGCGCAGCCGACUCCGAAAGUGCUGGUGGUUCGUGGGGCGAGACGCCGCGACAGGGCUCCCCCGGGUGCCGGCGGAGGUCCCGGCGGAGCUCCCAAACCAAGGCCGUCCCUGCCCCGGGACAGCGAGAGGAAGAGGGAACAGGCGAGGGGCCUGGCCCCACUCUCGAGGCCACCACGAGUCCCAGCGUCCCCCCCAAGGAGACCACGGGAGCCAGCACCCCUGUCCAAUGCUCUCGCCGAAACUCCUCGCCAAAGCGCCAGAGCGGAGGCCGGAGCGGUGUCCGAGGAAGCGAGCCCGAGAGCCCGGAGCGGGGUGCAGCCUUCACUCCGAAGGAGCUCUUCCCCGGGCACGGGACGCCCACUGCAGGUGAAGGUGCCGACAGCUUCGGAAACACGCCGGAGAAGGCCUUUUCCAGAAAGAGGCGGAGCAGCCUCCCUCCAAAGGUCGACGUGGUUGCUGCAGAAGCAGAGAUUCCAAAGCCAGCGGCGCUCACCCCGCUGCUGGUCCGCGUGGAGAGGAAGGGGCCAGGGGCUUCGCUCGGGCCACCCCAGCCGCGGCGCGCCACAGCUGGCCCCCCCGGCCUCGGUUCCACUGGCGUCGGCGACUGGGACGAGUCCAUUCACAAGGUGGACGGGGUGCCCUUGAAGACACGGCGGGUCUCCUUCGGGGGCCACCUGAGACCCGAAUUAUUUGAUGAAAACUUACCUCCUAACACGCCUCUCAAGAGAGGAGAGACACCCACGAAGAGGAGGUCUCUUGUGACCCACGCUCCAGCUGUCCUCAAGAAAAUCAUCAAGGGACAGCCCCAGGAGUCAGGGAAAGAGGAUUCUUCGGAAAUCCGCCUGGAGGUGACCGCACAAAAUGUGCCUGUGAGCUCCCCAGCUGGCCGUCCUGCAAGAUCGUCUUCGGGGGCAAAUGACGGUCGCCGGAGGUCGUCCAAGCCACCAGCCUGGAGCGGCAGCCAGACACCGCCGCAGACAGAGGUCCCCAAGCGGGGCGGGAGGAGGAGCGGCGGCACGCCUGCUCAGAGGGCCGCCGCGGAGCGCGGCCAGCACGGCCUCCUCCAGAUGAUUCAGUCCCGGAGGAGGAGUGGGGCCACGGAGGCCAACCUGAUUGUGGCCAAGUCCUGGGCAGACAUCGUGAAGCUCAGCGCCAAACAGACGCCGGUGAAGGCCGUGAAACGCGGUCCCCCGAGACAGCCGAGCAAGAGGCACAGGAGGGUCAAAACCCCGAAGAAGCCUGCGGGCCGCGUGUACAGUGAGUUCAGUACCGGCCACGCCAACUCUCCCUGCACCAUCGUGAUAGGAAAGGCGCACGUCGAGAAGGUGACCGUGCCCGCGCGGCCCUACAGAAUGCUGAACAACCUGGUGUUCGACAGGAAAAUCGACUUCAACGAGGACCUUUCAGGGCUAACUGAAAUGUUCAAGACCCCAGCGAAAGAGAAGCCGAAGAGGAUGAGCUUACGUCCCACCACCUUUUCCAGUUCGGAGGGCUUGUUCGGACAACAGGUCCAGGUCCCCGAGUCAGAAGAGAAACCUCUGCUCCGCGCCCCGGCCAAGUCUGGAGAGAGCGUGUCCCCCAAUGCUCAGAAUGUGCCAGAAGAGCCGUCGGAUGAAACGCCUGCAAGCCCAGCCCUGAGAAGACAGUGUAUGACAGUAAAUAAAAACAUGAAAACUCCACCCCCUGAGACACAGCCUUUGAAGACAGCGUCCAGUGCGAACAGACCCAGGAGGUCCGCGGGGCGCAGGAGCACCCCAGUGCCGGGCACAGAGUGUGAACAGGAAGACCCAGAGUCGGACGCUGCCGAGAGCAUCUCGGGAAGAGGCCUGGGGAAGUCGCCGGGACAGGCACGGCUCGCGGAGAGAGAGAUGGAGGAGAGCGAAGGAGCCUUUGCGACAUGGAACGGGAACUUUGAAUCGAGAGAAAAUUCUGAGAAGAGGAUAGCUGUGAGGAGAUCACGAAGAUCGUCGGAGCUGAAAGGCACACCAAGAGCAGAUGUGAUCGCCACGAAGAGACCGCGAGAGACGGAAUCCACGGAAGACCUGGUGGGCACCCACCAUCUUCUCCAAACCCCAGGUCACGCCGAGGCACCAGUGGGUGUGGAGAACGGAGCCACAGGGAUGUGCGCCAGAUUUCCGAAACCAGAGCCGGUCGGCACGCCAGCCGAGGGGAACGGGCGGGUCAAGACGCCUUCCCGGAGUGUGAGUGCGGAAGCGCUCUCCGUGCUCAGGAAGCCCGCACCGACCCCGGGGGGUACCGAGCACACCCACACAGAACCAGUAGGUGGUGACGAGAGGGUGAAAGCAUCACAGAAGUUUUCAGAACAGCAGCAGGACUCAGCAGAUCAUGUGACCGGAAGUAGGAGGAGGCAAAGAACACCCAAGAGGAAGCCCCAACCCAUAGAAGACCUGGCUGGCUUGAAAGAACUCUUCCAAACACCUAAACACACCGUGGAAACAGCGACUGAUGAGAAAACCAUGAAAAUACCCAGCAAAUCUCCAAAACCAGAGCCAGUCAGCACACCGACCAGCACAAAGAGACGUCUCAGGACACCUCUGGGGACAGUGGACCAGGGGGGAGAGCUCUCGGCCCUCAGGGAGCCCACACCCACACCAGGGAAAAUUACAUGGUCACCCAGAGGCCCAGUAGGCGAUGAUGAGGAUAUCAGAGCAUUGACGGGAACUCCGGAACAGAAAUUGGACUCAGCCGAACAUGUAACUGGAAGCAGAAGGAGGUCAAGAACACCCAAGAGGAAGGCUGAACCCACAGAAGACCUGACUGGCUUCAAAGAGCUCUUCCAAACACCCUAUCAUGCCGUUCAAACAGUGACUGAGGUCAAAACCAUGAAAAUACCCAGCAAAUCUCCAAAAUCAGAACCAGUCAGCACCCCGACCAGCGCAAAGAGACGUCUCAGGACACCUCUGGGCACAGUGGACGUGGAGGAAGAGCUCUCGGCCCUCAGGGAGCCCACACCCACACCAGGGGAAGGCACGCACUCUGCCGGAGAGCCGGAAGGUGAUGCUGAAGAUAUCGGAGCAUUGAUGGGAACUCCGGAACAGAAACGGGACUCAGCCGAAUAUGCAGCCAGAAGCAGAAGGAGGUCAAGAACACCCACGAGAGCGAAUCAGCCCACAGAAGACCUGGCUGGUCUCAAGGAGCUCUUCCAAACACCACGUCACACAGAUGAGCCAAUGACUGAGGACAUAACCACAGAAACACCCAGCAAAUCUCCAAAACCAGAGCCAGUCAGCAGACCAUCCAGCACAAAGAGACGUCUCAGGACACCUAUGGGGAAAGUGGACACAGAAGAAGAGUUCUCGGCCCUCAGGAAGCCCACACCAACACCAGGGAGAAUUGCAUGCGCUCCCAGAGCCCCAGUAGGUGAUGAUGAAGAUAUCACAGCAUUGACGGGAACUCCGGAACAGAAACGGGACUCAUCUGAACAGGUAACCGGAAGCAGAAGGAGGUCAAGAACACCCAAGAGGAAAGCUGAACCCACAGAAGACCUGACCGGCUUGAAAGAGCUCUUCCAAACACCCAAUCAUGUCAUGGAAACAGUGACUGAUGACAAACCCAUGAAAAUACCCAGCAAAUCUCCAAAACCAGAACAAGUUAGCAGACCAUCCAGCACAAAGAGACGUCUCAGGACACCUUUGGGGACAAUAGACACAGAAGAAGUGUUCUCAGGCCCUAGGAAGCCCACACCAACACCAGGGAAAAUUACACGGUCACCCAGAGUCCCAGUAGGUGAUGAUGAAGAUAUCAGAGCAUUGACGGGAACUCCGGAACAGAAAUUGGACUCAGCCGAACAUGCAACCGGAAGCAGAAGAAGGUCAAGGACACCCAAGAGGAAGGCUGAACCCACAGAAGACCUGACCGGCUUGAAAGAGCUCUUCCAAACACCCAAUCACGUCGAAACACUGACUAACAACAAAGCUACCAAGAUACCCAGCAAAUCUCCAAAACCAGAACCAGUCAGCACCCCGACCAGCACAAAGAGACGUCUCAGGACACCUCUGGGGAAAGUGGACGUGGAGGAAGAGCUCUCGGCCCUCAGGGAGCCCACACCCACACCAGGGGAAGGCAGGCACUCUGCUGGAGAACCAGAGGGUGAUGCUGAAGAUAUCGGAGCAUUGAAGGGAACUCCGGAACAGAAAUUGGACUCAUCUGAGCAUAUAACCGGAAGUAGAAGAAGGUCAAGGACACCCAAGAGGAAGGUUGAACCCACAGAAGACCUGACCGGUUUCAAAGAGCUCUUCCAAACACCAAAUCAUGUAGUAGAACCUGUGACUGAGGACAUGACCAUGAAAAUACCCAGCAAAUCUCCGAAACCAGAACCAGUCAGCACACCAGCCAAGGGGAAUGGGCAGAUCAAGACGCCUUCCCAGAGUGUGAGUGUGGAAGCUCUCUCCGCGCUCAGGAAGUCUGCACCGACCCCGGGGGGUACCGAGCACACCCACACAGAACCAGUAGGUGGUGACGAGAGGGUGAAAGCAUCAAAGAAGUUUUCAGAACAGCAACAGGACUCAGCAGAUCAUGUAACCGGAAGCAGAAGAAGGUCAAGAACACCCAAGUGGAAGGCUGAACCCACAGAAGACCUGGCUGGUCUCAAAGAGCUCUUCCAAACACCACGUCACACCGAUGAGCCAAUGACUGAGGACAUAACCUCAGAAAUACCCAGCAAAUCUCCAAAACCAGAGCCAGUCAGCACCCCAGCCCGCACAAAGAGACGUCUCAGGACGCCUGUGGGGAAAGUGGACACAGAAGAAGAGUUCUCGGCCCUCAGGGAGCCCACACCCACACCAGGGAAAAUUACAUGGUCACCCAGAGCCCCAGUAGGUGAUGAUGAGGAUAUCAGAGCAUUGACGGGAACUCUGGAACAGAAACGGGACUCAUCUGAACAGGUAACCGGAAGCAGAAGGAGGUCAAGAACACCCAAGAGGAAGGCUGAACCCACAGAAGACCUGACCGGUUUCAAAGAGCUCUUCCAAACACCCUAUCGUGCUGUUGAAACAGUGACUGAGGUCAAAACCAUGAAAAUACCCAGCAAAUCUCCAAAACCAGAACCAGUCAGCACCCCGACCAGCGCAAAGAGACGUCUCAGGACACCUCUGGGGACAGUGGACGUGGAGGAAGAGCUCUCGGCCCUCAGGGAGCCCACACCCACACCAGGGGAAGGCACGCACUCUGCCGGAGAGCCGGAAGGUGAUGCUGACCAUAUCGGAGCAUUGAAGGGAACUCCAGAACAGAAACUCGAUUCAGCCGAACACGCAACCGGAAGCAGAAGGAGGUCAAGAACACCCAGGAGAGCAAAUCAGCCCAUAGAAGACCUGGCUGGUCUCAAAGAGCUCUUCCAAACACCAAGACACACAGUAGAAUCAACGACUGAGGACAAAGCCACCGACAUGCCCUGCAAAUCUGCACAAGCGAAACCAGCUGUCGUGCCCGCUGGCAGAACCCGGCGGCUCAGGGCGCCCGCAGGGAAGGCAGCCGUCAGAGAUGAACUCUCAGCCCUCCGGAGCCCCGCACGGGCAUCCGGGAGAACCGCCCGGUCGCACAGAGAACUGGAAGGUGGGGAUAAGGAUAUGAAAUUGUUUGAGGAACCUCCAGAACAGAAACUGUGCCCUGCAGAAAAUGUACCUGCAAGCAAGAGGAAGCCAAGAACAUGCAAGGAAAAGGCCCAGAUUCCAGCAGACCCGGCCAGCCUUAAAGAGCUCUCACAAACAGCAGAUCACACAGAGGACCCAGUGGCUGUGGCCGACAGCACUGAAAUGCCCUCCGGGUCUCCACGGGCGGAAGCAGUGGUCAUGCCCGCAAGGACGAGGAGGCAGCUCAGGGCACCAACAGGGACAGUGGCGGUGCAGGAAGAGCCCUCGGCCCUCAGGAGGCCCACGGGGACUUCGGGGAAAACCACGCGGUCGACCAGGGAACGAGAGGGAGCAGAUAAGGAUAUGAAAUUGUGUAAGGAAUCCCCAGAACAGAAACUGGACCCUGCAGAAAAUGUAACUGUAAGCAAGAGGAAGCCAAGAACACGUAAGGAAAAGGCCCAAUUUCUAGAAGACCUGGCCAGCCUUAAAGAGCUCUCCCAAACACCAGAUCACACAGAGGACCCAGUGGCUGUGGCCGACAGCACUGAAAUGCCCUCCGGAUCUCCACGGGCGGAAGCAGUGGUCAUGCCAGCAAGGACGAGGAGGCAGCUCAGGGCACCAACAGGGACAGUGGCGGUGCAGGAAGAGCCGUCGGCCCUCAGGAGGCCCACAGGGACUUCAGGGAAAACCACGCGGUCGCACAGAAAACCUGUAGAUGGUGCUGAAGACACCAAAGUGUGCCAGGGACCCCCAAGGCGGGAGCCAGGUCCUGUGGGAACCGCCGUGGGCGGCGGACGCCAGCUGAGAUCGAGGCCGGGAAAGGCCCAGCCCCCACACAGCCCGGCCGGCAGCAGACAGCUCCUGCAAAGCCCAGCUCGAGACGAGGAACUGGGCACGGAUACUUCGGGCCUUACGAGAACUUCAACGCAAACACCAGACCAGAGCAAACCUGCAACGACAUCCAGGAGAGCCCGUAGGGCCCGGGACGAGAAGCCCUCCCAGGAGCCGGUGGACAGCAGGGACCCUGAAAAAGCACCCAGUGAGAGCAGCGUCGCCCUGUCCCCCAAGAGGAAGCGUGAAGACGGAAGCUGCGCAGGCCCGAGGAGGCUGCGGCCCAGGACCCGCGCCCAGGACCCUGCCGAGGAGACGCCGCCACCGCCGCGGAAGAGACUGCGGACGGCCCCCAGAGAGCAGUGCGCGCCCCUGGAACCCUCCGAGCCGAAGAGGGGGCGCAGAGUUUUGAGAGAAGUCAUUGAACCUGAGGACGACCUGCCUAGUGCCAACGGGAAAACGAAAAACAAGGGCCGAAAAGAAGACGUGGCCUCCCCAGACAAGGGAGUGUCCCUGCGCUCCGGUCUCCGAAAUAAAACCCGUGGAGCAGAGCAGAGGCCGGAGCUGCUUAUAGCAGCAGAAAAGGGUCAAAGAAAGCGGAAUGAAAAGAAGCCUGCGAAAUCCUCCCACGAGGUGGAGAUUCAAAACCUGGAAGGUGGAGCCCGGAGUUCUGCUCCCGGGGACCAAGUGCAUGAGAGGGGAAUGUCCCCAAGACCUGGAAGGCGGGGUGCGGUGCCCGUGCCCCGUGGAGCCGAGGCGAAAGCUCAGGCGGGCAGCGUGGAGACCCUGGGGGCGACUCAGGAAGAGAAAGGAGGAGCACCACGUCCAGGUGUCAUCCGCCUGCGGUCCAGAAAGGUGACGGUCCCUCCUGCAGGGGACGCCUUGGAGAGUCAGCCCAAGCAGAGAGUGACGCGGAGUGCCAAGAGACCCGUGGAAGAUGCAAACAAGGAGAACGACGCCGCGUGCGCCAAGAAAAUGAGAACCAGGAGUCGGCGGGGACAGUGAGGCCGGCCUCUGCGCUGAGACGCGUCAGGGGGAGGGAAAGCAGCACCUUUGUUUUCCUGAUAAGUCCUCGGACAACGUUUGCUGUGCGUUUAAAAGUGAAUUCUGUAAAUCAUGUUUUUCAGGCGUUUCAGGGAAGAAAGCUUUUAAAAAUGCCGGGCUCUGCAAGGUCUGUUCGGGCUGCGCUGAACUGACAGAAACCGGGCCGGGUUUGGGCCUGCCCCGCCUUCGGCUCCGCCCCCCGCGGCCCGCGGCCCGCAGCCGCCUGGGCCCUAGCACUUGCGUUGUAAAUGCUUCUGUGUUUGUCUGUGUCCCCACCAGAGCCCCUGCCCUCACGUCCCCGCACCGUGCAGCAGGCCCUCGGAAACGUGGGGACGGGUCAGUGCCUGGGCUCGGGCGAUUCGAGGUAACGCGCUGGGGUUGCCGCAGUUGAGGCCUCGCGGUGGCUCGCCUUUUUCACUGGAUGAGUAUUCUCAGCUCGGAGAGCUCUCCCCCGGGCAGGACCCGCCCACCGGCCAGGGCGCCGCCGGGUUCCACGCGGCAGCUGACACCCUCUUGGCUGCUCUGCUUCGGGGCCAUUCGCCUUUCCGAGCAUCCCCUGGCCCUGCCCCGCCGGUGCUUUUCUGGCCGCACCUGUCCGCCUCCACGGUGCCCCGCCCCGCCCCGCGCAGGCAGUGACGCGGCGGUCCCAGCGCGGGGGGGCCUUGCUCAGUGCUGGCACGAGGCCCCGCCCCAGAGGCCCGCGCUCCACCCCGCCAGCCCGCACCCCCAGCCCCGUUUUAAGCCCACACUCCUGUCUGGUCUCAGGUCUGGUGCAAGUCUAACUGCUGGGUGUCUCUUUUUUAUGUUUCACUGUGUCCCGUCCCCCCGUGUCCCCUCGCCCAGAAGAGAGCACACCGGCCACCCAGUCACCCUGCCCGUCUGCCCCUUGCCAGGCUGCCGUGAGCACCGAGACCGAGGUGGCCGUCCCUGUCUGCUCUCUCGUCCCCCGCGUUCCCCCAAUACCCCAUGUCUGCUGCACGGAGUAAGACUCACGUGAAAAUAAAUAUGUGUG